GUGCUGUUACGUUCACCGACCCUCCAUCGGUAGCACGAAUAUAUCAAAAUGCCCAAGCAGGUGUCAUUGUGUGGGAUUUUGAUGGCUGCGAUACCACCCUUGAUUCAUGCGACACAAGAUUAAACUUCCACGUGGCCGGAGAGCAUGGUGGACGUUUUAGCAUGGACCAAAAUACAGGGGUUCUGACCACCAAAAACACCAUUACUGAUGCUCUCGGGUUUGAAUUUAGGAUCACUGUCGCAGUUUCUACCACAGCUGGACUUAACCUAAUAAAAGCUCAUCCGUUGAUUAUUAUCGUAUCAGUAUUUAACCAAUACGCUCCGAAGUUUUUUGAUCAAAACUUUAGAUGCGAGGUUUUUCGUGGUCUACCUACGGGGUCUCCAAUAUGUACAGCACGGGCAGGGGACGAAGAUGUAAUUGAUUACAACAAAAAUAUUAUCUUUAGUUUGAACUCCGAUCUUCAUCCCGGGUUGUUCCACAUUGAGAAAACCACCGGGGAUAUAACACUUCUUAAAACCUUCCCCGAGACUACCGAUAGUAUCGAAGUGACGGUUACAGCAAGGAAUGAAGGUUCUCCUCUCAGAUCUGCUUCAAUCACGAUGACAGUGACUGUGAAGAGUAUAGACAUGUGCUCAACCUCCCCAUGUGAUUCUGGAACGUGUGAACAAAUAGCAACAGCGCCCGGAUACCAAUGCUUAUGUCAGGAGGGUUACUAUGGUGACCAAUGUGAUCGUCUGAAUAUGUGUGUAUUUUUACCAUGUGAAAAUGGAGGGACAUGCAAAAAUAUUUCAUCAAGCAAAUACGAAUGUUCAUGUGCUGAUGGCUAUUUCGGCGAAAAUUGUCAAUUCCUUGAUCCCUGCGUAUCAAACCCAUGUCUCAACCUUGGGAAAUGUUCUAGCUCCUCGGCGGAUGAAUAUAACUGUGAAUGUGAAACCGGUUACUAUGGGGAUAAGUGUGAAUUCUUCAACCCAUGUUCGCUUCCUGUGUGCUUCAACAAUGCCACGUGUAUUAGUGAAAAAUCUAACACGUAUAGGUGUCGGUGUGGCUUUGGUUAUUUUGGAACUAAUUGUGCCCGCUUUGACCCCUGUUCGGCAUCCCCUUGCUUAAACGCUGGGACAUGUACUAAUCUAACAGACUCCCAGUUUCAAUGUAGCUGUGCCAUGGGCUACUAUGAUACCCUGUGUAGUGGCUUCAACCCAUGUGUCAACGACCCAUGUUUGCAUGGAGGUGUUUGUUCGAAUACAUCUAAUAAUGAGUUCAUUUGCGACUGCCCGCAAGGUUAUUAUGGUAAUGAGUGUCAGUACACAAAUAUCUGUGAGUUGGACAAUCCUUGCAAAAAUGGUGCUGAAUGUAAACAAGAUGGCGACAACAAGUACUUGUGCGUCUGCGCAGAAGGGUAUUAUGGGAAAAACUGCACCCUAUAUAACCCCUGUGUGGAGAUUCCCUGUGAACACCAAGGAGUUUGCGUGAAUACAAGCGACAAUGCGUUCAGAUGCGACUGCGUAGAGGGCUACUAUGACAAUAGAUGUAAACUCUAUAAUCCGUGUGUAUCUUUCCCUUGUCAAAAUGGUGCAUCGUGUUCCAACAAAUCUAGCACUGAAUACGAAUGCAGUUGUAAAAGUGGCUACAAUGGAAAAAAUUGUGAAAUCAAUAUUCAAGAGUGUGGCUCCAACCCAUGCCAGAACUCUGGAGUUUGCGUGGACGAUAUUAAUAAGUAUACCUGCCAGUGUACCAUAGGGUUUCUUGGCGUCCACUGUGAACAUAAAGAUACGUGCCCAUCUAUUAAAACAAGUGAUACAAAGGGUGAAUUCACGUGGCCACAAGUAGAACAUGGUGUUACUAGUACAAUCCCCUGCCCAGAUGGAGUUAUUGAUGAGUUGAUUGACGGAGCAGCUAUCAGGGCUUGUAGCAUACAAGGAAAUGUAGUAAACUGGGAGGACCCUGAUACCAGUGCGUGUAAAGAGAUCGGUGCAGCUGCAGCAGAAAAGUCCCUUAAUGCCUUAAAGGACUUAACGUCAGAUCCUAGUUCUGUGACUGCUGAACAAUUGGGACAAAUCACAAAUCUUCUAGAUAGUGUAAUAGAUUAUUCCUUGAAAGACAGGCGAGUCGGAGAAGCUGUUAUAUCCACAAUGGGUAGCUUAUUAGACGUAAAUGAGGAUGUGUUGCAGACUGGAGAUUCGUCAGAAAGAUUAGUAGGAAUGGUUGAUAAAUAUGCAUCCGGUGCAGUGAUUGAAGAUGGAGAUCCUAUUAAGAUGACCACAGAGAACCUUCAGCUAGAAGCAUCAGAAGUACCUAUUAAUAAUCAAGAUCCAAUACUCUUUAGAGCUGAACGAGCAACUGUUAUAAGCGAAAAGGACCCAUCUCUGCCAAUCAUAUCAUUACCAACUGAGGUUAUGGACGUAGCUAGAGAAGAACUAGGACAGACUUCCAAUUCAGCAAGGGUUCAGUUUGUUAGCUACAAAAACAGUAAAUUGUUUCUGGGGAAGGGUGAGAAUACUUCCCUUACUGGACCCGCGGAUCAAAGAAUGGUCAUCAGUGCAAGUGUAGAUGGUGUACAGGUGACAAAUCUGUCCACACCCCUGGAAUAUACCAUACCCAACAUUGAAGCAGGCGUGAAGAGUAUCUGCGUGUUUUGGAAUGAAAUAACACGUGAAUGGAGCACGGAUGGUGUGCUUACUGUAGAGUCUGAUGAUAAUGUUACUGUUUGCCAUAGCUUUCAUAUGACAGGGUUUUCAAUAUUGUUUGAUCCUACUCCAGGGGAGGCUAUUCCAAUUGUGCACAAAGUGGCACUCUCCAUUGUAUCUUAUAUUGGAGCAGGGAUUUCUAUGUGUGGAUUACUUCUCACAAUCAUCACAUAUUCCAUGUUCAAUCACCUCCUUCUCAACAUCACCAGGCCUACAAAAGCCUGCUGCCUUUUCAGAUGUUUGCAUGGACAUAAAGCCGGCAAGAUCCUGAUGAACCUCUGUGGCUCCAUGUUCUUGAUGAAUCUCGUGUUCGUGGUUGGGGCUGAGAGGAUUCGACUACCAUCUGUGCAUCUGUGCAUGGCUGUUGCGAUACUUCUACAUUUCUUUGUCUUAACAACCCUCAUGUGGAUGGCUGCUGAGGCUACCCAUAUGUACAAGCUUUUGAUUGCUGUGUUCGACUCGUUCGAGAGCUACUUUAUGCUCAAGAGAUGUGUCAUUUGCUACGGAAUCCCAUUUUUGCUUGUUGCGGUGACUUGUGGAGUUGGCCUGCCAAAUUAUAACAGCGAUGAUGAAUACUGUAGGCUGUCGAGUAACAACCCAUACCUUUACUAUGGGGCCUACUUCGCCCCUUGUUGUGCAAUACUACUGAUUAAUACAGUUGUAUUCAUAAUGGUAGUGACUGUUGUACUAAAACCACGAAGUCGAGGUAAGAUGAUUGAUGACGAGCCUCACGUGAGUAAAACUCAGAUCAAAGGUGCUAUAUCUGUUAUGGUUCUACUUGGCGUCACUUGGGUCUUCGGGGCUUUCGCCAUUGGCCCAGCAAAAAUUGUUUUUGAGUACUUCUUCUGCGUUUUAAAUGCUCUACAGGGAUUCUUUAUCUUCUUGUUCCGAUGUCUCCUCUAUCCUGAAGCCCAGGCGGCUUGGAGGCAACUUCUAAGGACUGGAACAUUCAAAAAGCAUAGAGGAACUCGCUCUAUUUCAAGUUCGAGCUCCAAAGUGGCGGAGACUCAUGUAAAGUCGAAGUAUAAUAAAGAUACAGUGUUUGCGUCUGGUUCAAGGGUAGUGCAUAAAACCAACAAUGUGUGGAAGCAUGAUCACGACAUACGACCACUUUCAAUGAAAUAUGGCCGACCGGAAGUAAAUAUUGACCCGGAUGUGGGACCUUUCGAGUUCAAAGAUGAAAAGGCUCGUUAUUUGUUGAAUAAUUCCAAUAGACAAAACCCAGAUCUCAUGACAAGAUUAUAAUGACAAUGUUAUAAGUAAUCGAUUAAAGUUGAACUAUGAUGUAUAUUGUCGACGUGCAACAUUGGAUUUAUAUGUGGCAUGUAUGGCUGGCUAUAGAUGUCAAAAGUAUUUAUAAUUAUUCGAUAUUGUGUUCAAAUAUAUAUUGUAA